AGAUGCCGCUAGCUGACAAAAUCAAUUAUUGUAAUAUUGGUUGCAUAAAUUACUGAUAUUUGUAAUUUUUUACAAAAUUAUUGUUGUCUAGGUUGCAGUUUAUUUUUGUUUACACAUAUUUUAGAUAAAAUGAGCCGCAACGGUUUGUUUGUGUUAUAAUGAACCGUAGCCAUAUUUUUACCGCAAAGCAAAGGUCGCUUUGUGAAUACCAGAUAAAUCGUUAUACAGUUAGUCAAUAUUCAAUCUUCAACGGAUGUUUGAGUGGCUAGCGGUGAGGUGAAUCCCAGAUAAGCCGGCAGUUAUAAGUAUUAUUUUCCCUCCAGUUAUCUCAUUGUGACACACUGGAACACUCAUUUGUCUCAACCUUCGGUCAGUGAGUAUCAGAGAUGGGUGUAACGCGUCUAGCCUAUUUCUUUCUGAUAUUAAUUUAUUUUGGAAGCGUAAAAUGUGCAUUUCCAAAUUAUUAUGCAAAAAUCCCAACUGUGCCAGUGAAGGAAGAUCCAGGGCCACCUCUGUUAUUGACACCACUAAUUGAGCAAGGCAAAAUCCAACAGGCUCAGUCUGCUGCGAAUGUCACUUUCAACGGUUUCAAGAAGCUUAGCAGUUAUUCGGGAUACUUUACAGUGGAUAAAAGAUACAAUUCAAAUUUGUUUUUUUGGUUCUUCCCAGCUUUGAAUGACUAUCCUAAGGCACCUGUUGUGUUGUGGCUACAAGGUGGACCAGGGGCGUCAUCACUCAUUGGGCUCUUUGCAGAGAAUGGUCCUUUUUCUGUAAAAACACACAAGGGCCUAAAACUUAGAAAAUAUGCUUGGACCAAUCAACACUCUGUCAUUUACAUUGAUAACCCAGUUGGCUGUGGAUACAGUUUUACAGAGGGAGGAUAUGCUCAGAAUGAAACUAAAGUGGGUGAAGACUUAUACAAUGCAAUGGUGCAAUUCUUUACGUUGUUCCCCGAAUUGCAAAAGAAUGAUUUCUACAUAACUGGAGAAUCUUAUGCUGGAAAAUAUGUGCCAGCACUUGGCUACACUAUCAUGAAAAACAAUCCGUCAGCAAAACUGAAAAUCAAUCUUCAAGGCUUGGCCAUUGGAAAUGGUUUAAGUGACCCAGAACAUCAAAUGGUUUAUGGGGAAUAUCUGUACCAAAUUGGCCUAAUUGAUUCCAAUACAAGGAAGGUUUUCCAAGAUAUGCAGCAACAAGGAGUCAAGUAUAUCCAGAACAAGCAAUUUGACAAGGCUUUUGAUAUCUUCGACAAACUUCUCAAUGGAGACUUCAACAAUCACACUUCAGUUUUUUCGAAUGCCACAGGUUUCGACAGCUACUUUAACUACCUUUACGACCGAGAUCCUCUUGAUGAAGAAGUAGAACUUGCAGGCGCGUAUGUCCAAAGAGACGACGUUAGAGCGGCAAUACACGUCGGCAACCUUUCUUACCACACAGAAGAUCAAACUGUGGAGACCAACCUCAAGAACGAUGUGAUGCAGAGUGUUGCACCUUGGAUCUCAGAGCUUCUAAGCAAUUAUAGGAUUCUGAUCUAUAAUGGACAGUUGGAUAUCAUUGUGGCUUAUCCUCUAACAGAGAAUUAUCUGCAGAAUCUUAAGUUCAGUGGUUCUGAUCAGUAUAAAAAUGCAAAAAGGUUCCCUUGGUAUGUUGGACAGGAUUUGGCAGGGUAUGUCAAGCAAUGUGGGAACCUCACCGAGGUGCUUGUAAGAAAUGCUGGGCAUAUGGUGCCAGCUGAUCAACCUCAAUGGAGCGUUGACUUGCUAACAAGGUUUACCAGGAAUAAACCUUUUCAUUCAAAACCUACUAAGUUGAAGCACUGAUUUUAGUAGGUGGUAAUUUUCCAUAUGAUCAAUGUAUUGAUAUUAUCUACCAAUAAUUAUACUUUGUUCAUGUCCUUGACACUUAAAUAAUGCUCAUGACACUUAUGAUAAUGUUGGUAUUUCAAGAUUACCCUUUGUGCAUAUAUUAUAUAUAACAUUGUUCAAUAAAAUUUUUGGAAAGUU